GCUAAGUCAGCUUCACGCUGCUGUUCUGCGCCGUCGGGUCCUACAGUCUACGGCCCUAGCUAGCUAGCUGUAGCUAGCUAGUUGAAUAAGUUCAGUAAAAAUGGUUUUGUUCGCUGCAUCCAAGCCUUGGGUGCAGGACAUGGAAUAAUUUGGAAUACACAUUUUACGUGCAAUAUGUUUCACGGUGGUGGACCUGGAGGACGAUAUCCCCGUCAGUAUGAACCCCGUUGUAGAAACCCGACUUCUUUCGAUCAACCACCAGGCCCCAGUGUGGCUACCGGCUUUCGGCCGCACGGACAGUACAUGCCAUCUAGACCCAGGGUACCUUACGGGCCCUUCGAGCCGCACCAGUACGAGGGCAGUCGACCUGCCUUUCCACCGUUCUACCUAGGCAAUUCGGAAGAAUGCCGACGUUCCUCAGCUGGCAGGGGCUAUCCUGCGUCCGGCUGUGGAAGCAAUCAAGGACCGUGUGGUGGGCCCCCAGGAGAGAAUGUCGGCCGGGAACUGAACCCUUGUGCUGGCUUCCCUGUGGUAUCCAUGGGCAACCCCCACAGUCAAGAAGAUAUGGAGAAUCAGAGGGCAAGUGAAGAGUUCCUCCGGUGCCUUGCUGCCAAGGAGAAGUUCCCAGUGCGUGACAGAGCGGUCGACCGGGGGGAGCCACACUACAGACCUCCCUGCCCGGGGAAUGGACAAGGGCAAGAGCCGGGUGCAGAUGACCAAGCGUGCAAGAGACAGAGCAUGGGGCGGAGCAAAAGUCGGCCUCGGAGUCGUAGUCGGGGAAGGAGCGUAGGGAGGAGCAAAAGUCGCCCUCGCAGUCGAAGUCGCAGUCGGGGAAAUAGCAUGGGGCGGAGCAAAAGUCGCCCUCGCAGUCGAAGUCGCAGUCGCAGUCGGGGAAAGAGCAUGGGGAGGAGCAAAAGCCGGCCUCGCAGUCGCAGUCGAAGUCGCAGUCGGGGAAAGAGCAUGGGGCGGAGCAAAAGUCGGCCUCGCAGUCGCAGUCGAAGUCGCAGUCAGGGAAAGAGCAUGGGGAGGAGCAAAAGUCGCCCUUGCAGUCGCAGUCGCAGUCGCAGUCGCAGUCGGGGAAAGAGCAUGGGGAGGAGCAAAAGUCGCCCUCGCAGUCGCAGCCAAGAAAAAAGUCUGGCCAAGAGUUGUAGCCAGGGGGUGGGACUUGGGCCCAGUCGAAGCUGCAGCGGCAGCAGCAGCAGCAGCAUCAGCAUCACUGUGGAAGGCACUGGCAGGACUGCUCCCCCCUCGAAGAAAAGUGCAAUGGACAUGUUCCGAGAGCUUCUGUUGGCUGGUCAGUUGAAGAACAGGGAGGAACUGCUCACCUUGUCCAAGAUGGCCGCUCUAAAGAAGCAGUUGGACCCUGCGAGCCAUGGCCCUGCCAGCACACAGACCAGUCGUUACCCCGCGCAUGCCUCGGAGGGGCGUCAGACGGGCAGUCUGCCCAGGGAGACGCAGAGUUUGCUGAGUGCCGUGAACAAGGGGAUGGAGCCCAGCCUCUUAGCCUCCGUCCAGGGGCAAAUGAGGGAACAGCCCCAUGACCAGAGGGUGCAGGCGGCGAGGGAGGACGUUCAGACGGGGCAGUAUGCAAACGUUUUCGGCAGCGUCAAGCAGGAGACAGCAGAGGAGAGCGUUGGCGAGUUUCUCCUGCCGCACGAAAGGAUCAGGCAUGACGCCGGCGGCUUCUCCAGGAUUUUGGGCGUGAUGGGGAACGCGCCCGAUCUGCAGGAGAAGAGGAAAAUCUUCACGGACAUCGAGGACGAGGAGAAGUUCCUCUACGGGGACGAGGAUGAGAAAGGCAAGGUGGCGGUCAAGACCGUGGCGGGGGAGAAGCAGCAGGCCGCUGUCGAUUUCGAGAAGAUCAAGAAGGCCCUGACGACCAUCGGGCUGGACCUGGGCCAAGCGGAGAUCAGCAAGAUGAUGGCCAGGACGCAGGAACACCAGACGUCGCAGGUCACAGAGAGCUCGCAUCUUCUGAAGGGGGUCUCGUCCUCAGGAGGACCGAGUCCCAGCCCGAAUCACGGUCUGAAACGAAAUAGGUCCCCAAACUCAGACGUAUACCACAACUCUCAUUCUUCUGCCAAGCAGGCUGUGUACAGUGGGGCUCCUGCUGGUUUGGUCAGGUCCGAGUUUGACACGAGCGCUCAGGAAAAGCAGGGAGCCGGGGAGAUUCCUUUCUUCAGGCCAGAUUCUGCACAGCAGCCCCUUGUGAUGGCGAAUGUGCAGACUUCCGCCCUUGGCUCUGAACCGGCGAUUUGGGGACGGACUCCGCUCAAAGUGGCAAACUGCUGGCCGCAGAAACAGAAUGCACCAGCACCUCGUACCCCUGCCGGUCAUUAUCAAAUCCCAGGGCUGGGCCCUUUAAAGGAAGCUCUGGAGUCACUCAAUGCCACAACCAAGGGCUCUGGCAUGGACACCCUUAUCGACCUCGCCAAUCAAAGUGCUUAUGGGAGAACUAGCCAAAGACAAAAGAAUUCGGAAGAGAAUGCCAAGAUCAAAGAAGAGGCUUUGAACGAGCAAAUGAGAAGGAAAGACUAUCUUCUGAAGGAACUGGAGUCCUUGCUAAAGCGGGAAGUCUCUGAGUUUGUGGUGCCCGUGAUUGGUUUUUGCUGCCAGUUGUGCGAAGAGUUUUUUGGGGAUGUCGCAAGCGCCCAAGAUCACGGCACCUGUCAGAGCCAUAAGGAGAAAUGCCAGAAACAUGCCAAAGGGCGUAAAUCGGAGGGAAAUUUCCAGGUCCGACCCGGAGUGGACACGGAGAGGCGAGAGCCAAGAGGGUCUGAGCACAAGUGGACCUCCAGGGAGGGAUCCGAGGGCUACAGGGAAACCGGAGAACAGGUUUUGGUUAAGGUGGAAAAACUAGAGACCUCGAGACAGGUGAGAGCGGUGUCUGGACCCAGCUCGGCGACGCCGUCCAGGAAGGCCGAAAGGAAGGACAGCGUCUCAUCCUGGAGUUCUGGGACGGACCGCGGCGAGGACUCGUCCUCGAAGGCGCGCAAAAAGAAAAAGAAAAAAAAGGAAAAGAAAAGGUUGAAAAAGGAGAAAAAGAAGGAAAAAAAGGGAAAGGAAAAAAAGGAAAAGGCUGACAGAACUUAACCAGUGAACCGUUUCGGUUGGGUCCAAAUGCCAAUUCGCAUUCAUCGCUGGACACAGCUGUUGCACAAGGAAAUGGGAAAAGGUCUAUAGUGUACUAUGGCUUUUAUUGUGCAUAAAGAACUUCAACUGCGCCAUUUGGUUUGCAUUUUAAAUUUGAUACAUUGACACCAAUAAAGAAAAGUAACACUGUUCUAAUGAAAGUAAUAUGCUAAUAUCGUAGAAGCAAAAUGUGAAGAACAAGAGCAUUUUAAGUGAAAAAUGUUAUCCAUCAGUAUCCCACAAAAGAAUGUUAUGAAGAUGAGAGAAAUGUACAAAAAAGAAACAGUGUUCAAUGUAGCGUAUCCAAAGUGGAAUUCUAUGUGUGUGUGUAUAACAUCAUAUAAUUGUAAUAUACAAAUAUUACAAUUUGCUUUACCUGAUGCACAUACAUUUGUAUGAAUAUACAAAUAUAUGUAUUUAUAUAUGUGCAUCACUUAAUUGAAGCAAUAAAUUAGAUGUAGUAUACACAUGUAGAAUUUUCUUUUGUGCAUACACACAUUAAGGAAUGUUGAUGUCAUUUUGUAAAUAUGUAUGACUCUGUAUAAGGGUCACUUUUUGCAAACUGAUCACGGCCAUUGGCCUUGUAUAUGGGGUCAGCUGUCUCUGCUUGUUAUAGCACUGGGCUGUAUUGCUGUAUUUUUGUAAAUUAAACUAAACUUGGCUUAUCUCCCUGAACUUGACAUCCCAACUUCCUAGUUCCCUAAUAAAAAGGACUCUUUCGAUGCCUUA